CUUUUCCUGUGCCCACUGUCCGAUUGUUCAUUGUUGACACUGGUUCAAAUUAAAGUAACGGUUGUUUACAUGUGGUUUUAUUAAUUAGAACAAAAAAACCAACUCAGUAUGAUAAAAAAUAAGGAUAUUGACGAAAAUAUUGCCUGCCAUUUAAACCAAAUUCUUAAAACUGUUAUACAACAGGACGAAAAUGAAGAAAUUGCUAAUGCAGAACUCACUUCUGAGAUUUUGUCUAAACUAAAUAUUAGCAUCAACAAACUGCCCCCAAAAUCUCUGAAGAUCCUCCAGGACUGUGUAAAAUACAGAGAUUUAACUUUAGACCCAAUGUCAAUUUCCUUAUUGGAAACAAAGGUAAUUUCUGAAAAAUUUCAAGAUGAAUAUGAAAUUUUAAAGUUGAAUCAAAUGAAUGCAAGGCUACAAAUGAAAAUAGACAGAAAUAACAAGUAUAUUGAAGGUUUAAAGAAAGAAUUACUAUCUUCAAGGCAGUCACUGAUGCAACAAAACCCAAACCCUGAGAAUAUCCAUGAGAGUAUUCGACAGGUGAAGCAGAAAUUAGCGGUAUAUGAACAAAGCUGUGAAAAGGCUAAGACAAACUUCGCAAGUCUAAAAGUUGAUGAAGUCAUCUUGCCGAAAUCCUUGAUGUCAUUGGUGACGUCACUGGCCGCUUUACGUGAAGAGGCAGCUAACCUAAAACGCGACGCUGAUGAUGUGCUCUUUAUGAAAGAAGCAGUUUCCAAUAUGAAAAUGAUUCGCGGAUAAUUGUUUAAAUAAUUAUAUCUGAUAUAUUGUAACAUGCCACAUGCUCUUGAGUAUUUAAAAUUUAUACAAAUGUAGAUUGCAAGUUUCAAUCUGUAAAAAACAAUGUUUUGUUAGUUCCUAAUGAUUGAUUUCAGUUGAACUUGCAUGAUGUUAAUUAAGCAUAAUAAUCCUUAUAUUAGCUUCUGAUGUUUUUUUUAUGUAGUGAGGUAUCUAUGAUAUUGUAUUGCAAUAAUAAUAGGGGCGAAAAGUCGUUCUCCACUCUACACUACACCUAUAUGGUCCUGUAACUAGCUUUACAUUCCUACUAAAAUAGAAAUGUAUUUUUAUAACAAAUAAAGACAAAAUAAUGAUAUGAUGAAAUAAGAAAUGUCCAGCACUGCAAAACCGGGCUGGUAGUUAGUCAACGUACGCCCGAACCCAAUAAUUAAUCCACAAUCCCAGAUUGAAAACAAUCUGAGAUCAGACUGUGACAGUCGAUCUGACUCCUAUCUAAUAUCAAUCCGUCGAUUGGUUAUUGGCACACUUUUAUCAAUAUUUGAUGUUAGUUCUCUAUCUGGGAUAGAAAAUGGAUUAAGAUAGGUUAUUGGGUUUGGGCGUUAUAGAUUUUCUAUUUAAGUGUAAUUGCGUUUAAUAAAAUAAAAAAAUA